UAUGUCAAUAUUUGAUCAGUGAUUAUUUAGGCCCUAAGUUUAAAUAGUUUUUUUUCUUACGCAUUUACAAUGAUAAUUGUAUUAAUAUUACAUAAUACUUUAUUUGGCAUUAUCGAUUAUAAUAUGACAUUAAAUCCGAUCAAUUUCACCCUAUAUCAUAAACUAUAAAUGUAAAUCAAUUUAUGCAUUGAUUAUUGGUUGGUUUGGAAAGAAUAAAUAAAUCAUUGAAGAUAAAUAUAUUAUAUUACAACUAUGUUACCCAGAGGAAAAAAUGGUUAUUCUUGGGAAUUGGGUUCAGGAACUCAAGACAGUGAGCCUUUGCUAGAAAGAGAUACUGAAGAUCCAGAUGAUGUACUAUUUACAUCUCGCCCAAGUUCAUCAACAUUUGUGGCUGAUAUGCUUAGUUCACAUUCUCAUAAGAUGAAUAAACAACAUAAUCAACUUGACCUCAUAUCUAAAUCAGUAUCAACUUUAAAAAAUGUUUCUGAAGAUAUAAGUGUAGAGUUGGAUCAUCAAAAUGUAAUGCUUGAAAAUUUGAGUACUGAAUUAGAUAAAACAGAAUCAAGAUUAGAUAUGGUAUCAAAGAAAGUGGCACAAGUUCUUCAAUUAUCUGAUGAUAGAAGACAAUGGAUGGCAAUUGGAAUUUUAGUGGGUAUUAUUUUAAUAACAAUUAUUCUUUUAAUAAUUUUGUAAAUCAUAUUAUAUUUUAACAAAAUAUUUGAUAAAA